GUACAGGAAUUCACUACGCGGACAUCUUUCGGCGUCAUCGUGUGACUAACUUUGCAAAAUGAUAUUCUUGAGCUUCGAAGGGUGGUAGUUAGCAUCACAAGGGACCAAUCUUGUUCCUUGUAUAUCACUAUUCAAGCGUGUUCGUCCCAGCCACGGACGUAUGUAAAAUCCGUCCGUCGUCCCAGCCCUUAAGGGUGCAAAGGGUGCAUUGUCUCCGACAAUUCAAGGAAAAUUCCGCAAGGUUCUUUCGAAAAGAGGAGUCUGUGUUGGCCAAGAAAUUAUGGGAUUGUCAAAAAGCAUGUGUUGACGGGCCAGGGAGCGGAGGAAAACUAGGAAAACAUGCUUUGACGGAGUUUGAGAUUUGAAAUUGAACCAUGGAUGAACAAGGAUCAGACUCGAGCGGAAACAGCUUCCAGGAUGAAGACUCUGAAAAGGAAGGCGUAGUCAACUGCAUGUUGUGUUCCAAUUCUUUCUCUGACCAGUCCAGCAGUCAGUCGGACACUGAGUCGGACUCUGAGUACUCGGCAUUCUUCACUGACGAGGCAGGCAGUGCAGACUCUGGUCUACAGUCAGGCAUUCUCCAGGAGGAACUUGGUGCCCUCUAUGAUCAGGAGUCUCUCGCUGGGUUGGGUUCCUUCCUCAGAAGGAUCUUAAGAAAUCCUUUGGAUCGGACAGGUUUCAGCCUCCUUCUGGCAUCACUUAGAGACUGUCUGUUGACCCACCGAUGGCAAGAGGCAAGCCAAGCCAUUGAAAUAGUCUGCCUCUAUCCAACACACCAUUAUGAAGAUCAUGUCUGGAAGUGUGGUAUGGAGAUUUUGUACAACCACCCUGAUUCAGACCUAGAAUUGAUUGAGAAAUUUGCAAGAAAGAUGGAGGGGAUUUAUCGUCACCGGAAGAGGAAGAGACUGGAGAAGGUGUUUCAUCUUCUAAGUAGAGGACAGUUCCAGGACGCAGAGGUCCAGCUACAGUCUGCUAAGAUUACAAAUCAGAUUCGGCUCAAGAAAAGUGAUGUAGAGAGACAAGAGUAUUGGAUGAUGAUGAUCAAGGCGUACUCUGGACUGCUCAAGUAUGUUAACUGGUAUCGCAACUAUCUAUUGCCACGGCAGGAAGCGGGUACCAAUCAGCUUCGAGCCGAAAAGCCUGGAUUUAGUGAUGCAGAUGGAGUUAAUGGCAGUCAAUUCACGGUGCCAGUGCCUGAUAAACCUGGUGUCUGGGACAUCUUCAUCACUAAGCAAGCAGAGAUCCUAGAGACAAAUGGCAAAGUUGACGAUGCCAGAGAACUGCUACAGAAGUACAUUACCUCCGGCCCGGACAACCCCAACGCAUACAAAUACCUGUACAGACACCUCAAGAGAAACAACGGUGACCAACAGGAGGUGAUUGGAGUUCUUGGGGAGUAUGUGAAGAGAAUUCCAUCUGAUCUCCUUGCUUUAGAUUUGGUUAGUCUCCUACAACAGGGGCUGAAGCGUCAGAAUCCCGAGUACAGCAAUAAGAUUGGCUGGAUCACCAACUCAUUGUUUGAGAUGUUGGAUUACCCCUGCUGGUAUGACAGACUAGCACCAUGGAAGGCACUCGCCAGACACCUGACAAGGAUACUGAAGAAACGGGACCGUGUUGCCAUGGAUGCAGCAGUGAUGUGCUGGAGUCAAAGAGACUGGUGGCUUUACCACCACUUUGAUCCCAAGGUUGUUAAAAGACUUGUCAAGAAGAGCAAGGAGGUUGCAUUGCAGAAGGCUUUGGUAGCUUCAGCCAUGCAGACAGCUGGCAAAAACUUGCCAUUUGUCAAGCGCGUACAGAACUACUUCAGCAGAAAGGAUGACAGGAAGUCCUGUGAGCAGUUGAAGAAGGUCCAAGGUUUGGCUACUCGUUUGGUUCGACACCGUCCUGCAUUAUGACACCUUUUUCGAGCAAGUGCGAUUCGUAGAAGAAAGGCUUUCAGAUGCAACCUAAUUUUGCCAAGGAUUUGGCUGAAAUUGCAUCAGCCUUGGAUUAGAUGCAGCGUGACUCAAUAUUGCAACUUUGCAAGUUCUUUACACAGACAGCUUUUCCAGCAUUCAUUUUCCUCUUUAAAGUUUAACCAGUUUGCUCUGGAGGACUUUAAACAUGAGCUUGCAGCCUGCCUACACAGGCAUGCAUACCACGAGUCAUAACCAGCAGCCCCGCAAUACAUUAAUCCCCAUUUCUGAGAAAUUUAUGGAGGUAGAUUCACUGAAGAACUUGGCUUCUUGGAAUGCCUAUUGUGGAAGCGAACAUUGCUUUGUGUGCCCACCCAGAAUACAUGAAGUAAAAUAUAAGGCUGGGCAAGAAAUACACAAAUUUUAUUCAAAUGACUCCGCAGUGUUUGUGUUGUUUGGCUGUCUCACCUCGUCUAUUAAUUUUCAGCCUAGUAACUGUCCAUAAAGUUAAAAAGUGCCCUCCUGUCAAGACUAAUAUUCUUGACGGCAGUGUUUGCAUUCUUCCUCUUUUAGCGUAUAAACUAUAUUCAAUUUGUAAAAGGCACCUUUUGGAAAUAUGCAUUUCGAAGUGUUUUUUGAAAAUGUUUAAAUGGUUAUGUCAUAUUUUGAUAACUUUAUUAAAACCAACGCCAUAAAUAAAUUAUAACUUUAUAUUUCACUGCAGAUCGCAUUUGCAUGUAAUUUUUCAUCUGCGGAUAGCAAAAUUGACUUUAUAAAAGAUGUAGCAUACAUCCAAUAGUUUUUCACUCACAAAGGUUAUUCACAGAAAACAUGUCAUAGGUAAACACGAAGCAUAGUUUAUUUGUAUUCCCCCAUGUACAAUUUAGCAGCAUGAUGUCAGAUAUGUACAGCUUCAAAAUAAAAGUGAAUACGCAAAUAUACAAAAAUAA